GCAGAUUCGAUACACUGAUUCAUUUAUGAUCUGAUGCUUCCUGAAGAAACAUGGGAAUGAUGAUGACAGAAAACAGAAAUUGAUUAACUGAUUGAGAGAAGAAAAGUGAAACUGCCAGCAAUUCAAAAUCAGAAAAAAAAAAAAAAAAAAAAAAAAAAAAAAAAUGGACUUGGCAAUAAAAAUGCUGAAAGCAAGACAAGGAAAAUUGAACUUGGCUGAAUGAACUACCAAGAUGACAGCUACAAACAAGUUAGAAGACCAAAAGGAGGUGGAACACAAGAAAUCUUUGUUAAAAAAAGAAGACACUGUGUCAAAUGUUCUGGAUAUUGGGAGAAAACUUUUUUUCCCUGGUGGUGAAUCAGCUAAAGGGAAUGCUGAUAAUUUCAACUUUAUGCUCUGUGUCACUGGCUCUGAAGAACCACUCAGAGAAGUUCAGACAAUUGGCUACUUGUAUGAGGCAACACAUUACAGAGCCCUUAGACUGUAUGUGUGCACAAGACUGAAAGAUCAUAAUUCUGACCAGAGUGAUGAAACUGACAGGAAUCUGACUUUAAAGAGACCCCGGCUUACUUCCACUCCAGACAUAACUCAAUGUACUUCAGGAUGUCACAAUCAGAACAGAAGUGAAACUUUGCCCUCCCCACCUUCUACGCCUGUAAGUUUGAAUGAUGAUGUACUCCAGUCUUCUGAUGAUGAAGUGGUGUUCCUGAGUAAUGAUUUAAACACAUCAUUUGACAUGGUCUCUGACACCCUUGUAUACUCAACUGUACAUGUUGAUUGUGUGGGGACAGAAACAUUUGUAGAAACAAUACUGGAAACCGUUCCAUCCGAGUCAGAUUCAGUCUUCAUUCCAGGUAGCACAUUCUGUGAAGUUACAGAUGCUAAAGAAACUGUGCCAGAAGAUCCACCUCAGGCAACUGACACCCAGGAGCCAACAAACAAGGACUCGUUCUUUGAAAAUUCUGCAUCCCAAUGUGACAUUUAAACGUGUACUCGAAAAUGGUGAGGAGGAAGCUGGCAUCGUUGAUGGGAGUGUCCCGUACUGUAUUACUGAAUUCUGGGACACAUUUUUUGCAACAAGAACUUGUGGAACAACUUACAAGAUACCUACUCUGCAUCACACUUACUGAGAAAGCGAGUGGGAAGCUGUUGCACAUAUUUUUGCCUUUGGGUGGCUGUGCUUUGGUUAUUUGCAAAUUCAGCUGGCACCUCCUUUUUCCAAAAGAAGCACUGUCCCUUCCUUCACCAGAAACCAGUCUAAUGGAGGCGUUUUUCAAUUACAUUAGUCCAUCAGAGAAGGAUGUUUAAAGUGAAGCGCUCCAAGACUUCCAAAGUGCUGACAUGGAUGAAGUCAUCAGUGUCCUCAGCAGUCACAGCUGCACAGUGCUUCCUAAUGAAAACAAUCUCCAGAAAAUACUGGAAGAAAUUGCACAUAAAGAGAUGGUGCAACAACCAGCCUACAUAAUAAAGUGCUGGAAACCCAUUUCCCAACCCUGUUCCUGGAGGCACACCAACAGUACAUGUUUUGGAUGUCUCCCUUAUCUGAUCCAUAUAUUUCUAGUCUUGGAGUUUCUACUAACGAGCUGAUGAGUUGAAUCAGGUGUGUUUGAUUAGGAAGAGUUGGAAAAUGCGUAGUGUUGGUGUGCCUCCAGGAACAGGGUUGGGAAACACUGCCAUAUAACUGAAAAUCUCCAACCAAAGGCAAGGUGUGGCAAAAUCUGUUAUCUUCCCACAAUCAAUGUCCCCGUCUGAAACAAUUGUAUCAAAUUAUCUCUUGCCAUUCAUUAGGAAGAGAGACCAAAAGGAGCUUGGUCUUUUUCUCAGAUACUGCACAGGGUCUGAUUAAUUUCUCUCCGAGACAAUUGAGGUAACAUUUAAAGAAAUGAGUGUGCAGAACAUCGCCAGACCCAGAGCCUGGAAGUUGUACAUGAGGAAGGGUUUCACAUGUUGUAAGUCACAACCGUUGCUACGCCGGAUUGUGGUUAUUCCACAUGUUUACAACAGUGUCCAGUUCAUUCUAAAAACAAAGCAUAUUAGGGAUAAAUAAAGGAGUAUAAUGACUUGUUGUCUAGUAGCAGGUAAGAAAGUUACAAUAAAUAAAAAAUAAUAUUUAACCUGGAGGGCCAUUGUCUGGCAGAGUUUAGCUUUGACCCUAAUUAAACAGCUUUACCAGUUAACCAAGAAACUAGAAACGUCCUGGCAAAUGAAUUGAGGCAAGUUGGAGCUAAACUCUGCUGGAUGUUGAUUCAUGAGCCGAAUUGAACACUGUAUUUACACAUUCUGAUCACAGUGUGACAAGGUGAUACCCAAAGAUUGCACUUGAUUCUGACUACGCCACUGGGGUUUAUACCCAUGGAAAUAAUUUAAUAUAGCAACACAAAUUCGUUACCAAUAGGUGGGAGAGUAGAGACACAGGCAAAGGAUUACAAAGAUGAGGCAGCUUUAUUAAAGUGUACAAAAGUUAACUGUCACAUCAUCUCACAAGGGCUCCAUAUUCACAGGUCACAAAACAAACAAAAGACUUUACAAAAAAUACAAUAUACAUAAAAUAAAGACAUUUAAAAGGAGGGAGAUGGUCUACCGUAACCCUUAAUUGUCACACCACACUUAAACCAUAAACCAAAUCACUCCAAACUAUGAAGCACAGCACUCAAUGUGGACACCAUUAAACGAGCAGCCAAACUUCUUUCCUUCUGUAAAAUACAAAAAGGAAACACCACACUUUGUAACAAAGAAUAACUUAAAUUUAAACUGACAAAGAAAACAUUACAUUCAGUGCGUUUACAAUUCAAAACAAAAACAAAGGAUGAACAAAAAGAAUAUAAACCAAACCACAAUCACCCACACACACAAAACGGCCAAAGAAUGGCCUCGCUUGACGCAUGUGCACUCACUCCACGGCGAGCGAUAAUCCGGCCCGUGGUCAGUCUGUCAGUCACACACACACACACAAAGUUGACCGGAUUGAAACCCAGGAAAGGCAGCAGUGCGUUACAUCACUAGACGUGCAUUCCAUCACAUAAUACAGCGAUGAAACCCUUGGGCAUUUAAAUCAUCCUGCCUAACAGAAAUAGCAGAGUUACUAAUAAAAUCAUAACGAAAAGAAGCAACCUACUGUCGUACAGAUGUUCACAGCGCGGUACUAUGCGUGGUUGCUGAUCAUAGCGUGCAGUUAGUUGUCCAUCGACAAACUACACAUAAAAACUUUGUAAAUAAAUAUUCCCUGAAGAAGAAGCGUCCCUAAAACAAGACGUGUACGAACCUGGAACUAGGGGCAGCCUACGCGCAGCAGCAUGAAGCGGGGACGGCACACCAAACAUCCUUCCAUUCAUAAAUGGCGGACUCCCGUAAAGGGGCGGUACGGAUGACAACGCAUCCCAGGUAACCUCCCAGGUAACGCCCUCCCAUUUUAUACCAUAACACUCCGGUCCUGAUAGGUUCACUGUUUUUACCUGACAUCACCCAAUAAACAACCGAGGGUAUACUUCACACUGCUACAAUAGCAAAGCAAUAUCUGAGAAUAAAUAAGUGUCUAUUAUGAUAGGGUAGUACUCGGCAAUUUGUGCUGUUUUUCCCCCUUAUUGUAAGUUGUAUUUUAUGGGAGAAAUGUAAAUAUAAAUACAAAGAUAAGUACAGUAGUUUUAUAUAUGACAUUUGAGUCUAAAUGUGACCAAUGAGCGAUAUUAUUUAGUGCUGAAUCCCACCGCAGUCUUGCUAAUUCAUGAGUAGAUGCUGCAAAUGUGGUGUCACAAUUCAACACCACAGCAAAUGAACAGUGACAGAUCAAUCAAAUUUAAAAAAUGGAUAAAUGGAAAUUAUUAAGAUAAAUUAAUAGCAGACUAAACAACAUUCAGUUACCUGAUUUAUUAAGAGAAAACAGAACCGUAUGAGGCACUUGUCAGUUGCAUCACCUGUGAAAUCACCAGUUGACUGGAGUUCUUUGAACAUAUCCAUCCAGUAAUCUGUAUUUUGUUGUCUGUAGAUACCCCACCAACUUUCUAUUCUUUUGUUUGCUGGGCUUGUUCCUUGAAAGACACACGGUCCAUGCAGAGUUCCUGUCGAGUCUUCACGAAGAAACUCUUGUAGCCUGUUGACGUACAUUUUCGGUACCAAAAUCGGAUCUGAUUAUUUGCGGACAAUCGCCUCUUUCAGCAACAGUGUGGAAAAAAUACCCAGCAAUUACUCUGGGAUUGUUACUGGUGAAGUAGGCUUGCAUCCAGAUGAUGUGCCUCGAGAACCCAUCAAUGCAGCCGUUCAUUGCUAUGCCAUACGGCUUCAUUUUGUCAUAAGAAUCCAUAUGCCAUAGAUAGUUAGGGCCUGAAAGCCUCCUUCUCAAAAGUCGUACACUAAUGUUGAAGUUGUCAAUUACUGACAGACAUAAAGCUAUUUCAGUUUGAGUGAGUCUCUGAUCAAAGUAAAAGCGAAUGUGAUCAUCCAUGAUGCUACGUUGUGCUUUUGCUGCCUCUAGAACAUGUUCUAUUCUUAUGCCGAAUAUAGGCUACAGAAAAGAAAAUAAUAAUCCAUGGCCGUUUAGGGCUUCCGUAGUUUGGAAACAUCAGAAGUUGAAACUAUUUCUCAUUAAUUUAGCCACUGUAUCAAAUAAAUACCUAGGGUUGUGUUUGUUUUCUUCGAAGAGAUUUGUAAAAUAAGCAGAUCUAGCAUUUUUAAGGCCUUUCUGUACUAAUCAUUCUCUCUCUCCACGAAAUGCGAAAAACUUCUAGUUUUGUUUUCUUCCAGCUGUGCUCCAUUUUUCUGGCAGCUAUAUUAAGACCUUGAAGGGAAAACAAACUGAAAAUGGCUGAACUGUAUUGUAUUUAAACCAUAGCAAAUUAAGGAUUGUGAUGAGCUAAGCAUGUCAAACUUGUAGAUACAUGUGGGAGCAUGCAGAAAUGUUGUACCAAGAGGAUUGUGGCAUUGCUCAUGUUUUGUUAUUUCACUUUUUCACUUUGAUAAGAGGGGUGAGCAGAAGCUUGCAGUUGUACUUUGUCUUGUUAUUUGCGUCUAAUGAAAUAAUCAAACAUUUUAUUUUACAGCCUCAUUCUUUACUUGUGGAAUCAAGAGGAUUUUAAUGCCACAAUCUAUGUGCAUUCUGUGUUAAAUGUAUGUAAUUAUAUUGAGGAAAAAACUUCUACAGUAUGUGAAAGGUGAGUUGACCAUUUCCAUUGAUUGUGUUUCUAGCAUGCACAUGAAUAAUUAAUGUUACCUUUUCCAUUAUAUAACAGUUGUAUCAUCUUUUUACCAGCACGUUUUAAUGUCUCUGUGUAUGGCCAUGUCUCUUGUUUUCUAAAAAUAUAAGGUCAUGCUGUCUGAUUAGGUUACAUGCAUUGAAAAUGUGUCUUGAAGGAAAAUAUUCCACAUUCACUGUUUAAUGAUUGUGUAUAUGGUUACUUUAAAUGUUACACUAGCAACUGCAUCAGAUUUUUAAGCAGAGGUUAUUCUAUAAACUGAAAUUUGAGAUUUUUCACUCUCUUUAUGCAUUGUUGCGCUGUAAAGUUAAGAAUUUUGUACUUCAUUUCAUAGCAUUGAAAUGCAUCAAAAUAAUUCCAUGCAAAAGCUUUUUUGAAAAUAUUCUUGAUUUAAGGUCACACAUUUCAUUUUCAUCCCACUGAAUCAAGAACAUGAGACUUGAAAGCUUCGUAAAAGCACUGAAAAGCAUUUAGAAUCAGAAUAUGAUGUGGUCAGUUGAAGAGAGUUAAAUAUUUUUUUCAGAUUUUCCACUCCUACAUUUAUGUUCACAUUGGACACUAAUGCAGAGUAAUUUGAUACAUAUGGGAGGUGCAGUCUAAAGUGAUUAGCUUUAUUUCAGUAACUGGACAAAAGAGAAGGAUGUCUCGGACAUGCUCCUAAGAAGAAGCAGCUAUCUUUGGAUUAUAUAAUUAUAUGUAUUUUUUUUUUACAUCACCUCAACAACAACGCAUGCGUGAGAAGACUACACCUUAUUGCUUUUCUAAAAAAAAAAAAAAAGGACAUUUCUUGGAUGAAGACAAACACAAAAAUUCUUAUUGCCAAAGCCAACUGCCCACUCCAGUAUCCUACUGGUUUCAGGGUAGCUCCUCUGCAGAAAAGUUUGAUACCAGGUCUCGCUCUUCAAACACAAAAUAGAAGGGCAACAACAAACAAGAGGGAGGUGUACAAGGUGUCUUUGAGUGUGAAGAGUGGAGUGCUUUCAGUGGAGAAUGUUCUGGAUGGACAGCAGGUGGAUGGACAGGGUCAGAGUGAACUGAGCAUAUCAUCCAGCAACCUCACACAACUCAAUUAUCUGCUGUCUAGAGUGACAUACACCAGUACCAUCUAUCACAUUAAUACAAUUGACAUGGUUCAUUUCUCUUUUGAGGAUCAUGAGGCUAUGUUUCCCAUCAUGAUUAGGAGACCAACAGUUCCUGUUCUUUAUGACCCCGGAAAGGAUAUCAACUCACAAGUGACCGUAAUUACCAAGACAUUUCUGAGGUAUAAGGAGCUGAAAGUCCUCAUCCAGAGUAUCCGAGAGUUUUACCCAAAUAUCAAGAUCAUUGUUGCAGAUGACAGCCUGAAACCUGAGGAUGUGUCUGGAAACAACAUAGAGCACUACAUCAUGCCUCCUGCACAGGGCUGGUUUGCAGGCAGAAAUCUGGCACUAUCCCAACUCACAACUAAAUACUUUCUGUGGGUCGACGAUGACUUUGAGUUCUUGAAGGAGACACGGAUCGAGAGUUUUGUGGAGAUUAUGGAAGCGAUUCCAGAUCUAGAUGUUGUUGGUGGUGAGGUCUCAGGUGACCAGUUCCAGUUCAUUCUUGAGUACGACGAGGGAACCGAAAAAGAAGGUGGCUGUCUAAGGCGUAUUAAUGGAGGAUUUCAUCAGCCACUUUCAGGAUAUAACGGAUGCUUUUAUGUGGAUGGUGUCACUAAUUUUUUCUUGGGGAGAACUGAAGCGGUGCGAAGAAUUGGCUUUGACCCAUUCCUUAAAAGAGUUGGACACACCGAGUUCUUCAUUGAUGCCCUUGGAAAACUGCUGGUUGUUUCAUGCAAGGGUCUUUCUAUCGGUCACCAGACACACCGGGAACAGAAACAAUAUGACUCAUACCGGACUCAAGAGAAACUUGAAGAGGAGAGAAAACUGGCCCACCAUUUCUUUAAGAAUUAUCUCAAAUGUAUCAAGUACUGAUUAGUAUUUAGUACUGAUCAUUUUGGGAAAUAAUGGACAACAAAUCUGAUUAUCGCUUAAUCACAUCUGUGCACUGUGAACAGAUAACAUCUGCCAGUCACUUUACGUAGUGAAAAAAGCAUUUCAAUGGACAAAAUGCAACUGAAGAAUAACAGAGGACAGAGUGACCUGUUGCGGGAGAAGUGCACAGCCUAAUUGCCCUAAACACAAGAAUGCUUUAUAUGAAGAGCUUCAAAAUAAAUACAUAAGGACUUCCAGUUUCAUCAUGAGCGGGUUGCACGCGUUCUAAGGUAGCUCCGCACUAAAUCAGGUAGAAUUCGUUCAACAUCUUUAAUAAUCACUUAUUGUUAGGAAAGGAACCAAGUUUUGAGUUAAUUGAUAAUUGAUUUAUCCGGAUUGACAAUUUGGUAUAUUCAUAGUUAAACAUGCCAGCCAAGCCUCGUAAACCAGCGGAUCAGGCCGCACCCGCACCUGCCACCGCUUCGGACUCUGCUACAGAAGACCCACCGCCUGAAAAUACUCAGGACAUGGGCAACAUAGCGAUUCUUAGCGCGAUCUCCUCUCUGUGCUCUGAAAUACGCUCAAUCAAAUCUGUUAUUGGGGAUAUAAUAGACUCCAAGAUUGAACAACUUGCUGUCUCUAUAAGAGGAGAGCUCACCGUGUUCCAACAAGAGGCCAGCUCUGUGGUUUCAGCUGUUAAAAUCACUGUGGAUGAGCAUGCUUCAAAACUGGCUGGCUUGGAAGCUAACACUUUAGCCUCUUUGGAUACGGUAGCCAAGCAUGAUGAAUACAUUAUCGCUAGAUAAUCUACCGCUUGUUGAUCGCGCACAUCGUGCACUGCGAAAUCGUCCCGGAGAUGAUGAACCACUGCAAGCUUUCAAUAUUCGGCUACACUACACCCAUGAAAUGGAAGAAAUACUGCAGAAGGCGGCCAAGAUGCAGCAAGUCACUUUCGGGGGGCAAAGAAUUAACAUCUUCCCAGAUUACCCUCCAGCAGUUGUGAAAUGCAGCGCACUUUGCAAACGAGCAAGGGAGUUGUUAAAAGACAAACCUGGUGUCAAGUACGGUCUACAGUACCCAGCAAAGUUAAGGGUUUCUUACAAUGGCAAAGAACAUUAUUUCACGGAUCCAGACAAGGCCGUUAAGUUUGCAGAAAACUGCUUCGGAUCAGAGUGACUGUUCUAAAGAUGUCAUGUAAUUAAGAUAAGUACGAACAAUAUAUCACUCAUUGAGUGUAAUUAUUUUGUUUUGAUACGUGGAAAGUAGGGCUGGGCGAUAUAUCGCAUGCGAUUGUCACGCGCAUUUCGUCAGUAAAGUCGGUUUCCUGAUUACCGCUAAAUCGCCAUCACCUGC